AUGUCAGUGUCCCUUUACAACGCCUGCGCCGUUGUGGGUGCAUCCACGCUCGGCUACAUUUCCUUCAAGACCCUUUCUGCUCUUCUUUUCCACCUGCACUCCUCCAAGUUACAGCGUUAUCACCAUGGCCCCGAACCUUGGGCUUUGGUAACCGGCGCCAGUGACGGCAUCGGCCUGGCAUUCGUGAACGAACUGGCCCAGCGUGGCUUCAACGUCGUCCUGCACGGCCGCAACGAGACCAAGCUCAAGAAGGUGCUCUCGGAGCUGCAGCGGAAACACAAGACCAGCUUCAAACUACUUGUCCUGGAUGCUACCUCGCCGUCCUCUCCGGAAUUCGACAAGACGGUCCUCUCGGCCGUCCAGGGUCUCAAUUUGACAAUCGUCAUCCACAAUGUCGCGGGGAGUGGGGAGGCGAAGGUCGAAAUGCCGAUGUUCAUGGACCUCUCGGCAAAGCAGUGCGACGGUUGGAUCAACGUCAACGUUCGCUUCACCACGCACCUUACGCGUCUGCUUCUGCCGCUCUUGGUGAAGAGCCAACCCGGCCUGAUGCUGUUCGUCAGCAGCGCUGUGACGGAGAUGCCCUCGCCGGGCGUCUCCCUGUACACUGGGUCAAAGUGCUAUCUUGAGGCGCUGACGAAAUGUCUGAAACUGGAGAUGAAGAUGCAAGGCCACGACAUUGAGAUGAAGUCUCUGACGACAGGCCUGGUGGCCACGGCGUCGUCGGGCAGGUAUGAAAAGGAUGUCUCCUUCGUGAUGCCUAGCCCGCGGACGUUUGUCCGAGCCAGUCUCGGAAAGGUGGGCUGGGGCAGUCCGAGAAUUACUCCGUGGAUUGGACAUUGGCUGCAGUUCGGCUUGAUCUCGAGUCUGCCAACCUGGCUGCAGGAGACGAUGGUCAUUCGAAUGGUGCAAAAGGUACAAGCACAGAUGGCUAAGCGGGACUAA